AUGGCGGCCGGCGACAACGAAGCCGCCAAGGCCAAGUACGAGCAAGCGAUGAAACUGCGGGCGCAGCGGCACGGGCGGACGUCGCUGGCAGCCGCACGUUCGUACUGUGACAUGGCGCUGUGGGCACACGGUGAGGGAGAUACCGUGGCGGCCGAGCAAUACCUCCGCGACGCGCUGGCCAUCCGUGAAGAGCGACUCGGGCCCGGGCACGAAGAGACGGUGACGGUGAUGUACAAUCUUGCACUGCUCCUACACGAGACCGACCGCCACGGCGCGGCCGAGGUACUCAUGCGUGACGUUGUCCGCCUCCGCAAGCGCGGCCUCGGCAAGUACCACCCCAAGGUCGCCAAGUCGAUCACCUUUCUGGCCGAGAUCUUGGCCGCCAUGCAGACGCUUGAUGAUGCCGCUGAGGCGCGUCAGCUGUUUGCCUCUGCCAAGUCGAUUGCGGUCCGUGCCUGUGGUGCCGACCAUCCUUUGGUUGCACAGAUUCUGGAGCACAUGGCUGCGCUGGUCGAGCCCGAAGACGCGCUCCCGAUGCUCACUCACGCUCUCCGGAUCCGGCGCGACCAUUCGCGCUUUGGCCCACCGUCAGCCGAGCACGUCCAGCGCCUGUUAACCAAGCUCCGCGCCGUCCGCGAUCAGAAGAGCGCGGUCAUCAUGCGGACCGGCUCAGGCAGCACUGUUAUCGCCCUCCCGUCGCACUAUGCCCCGCCCAAGGUUUGCCAUGUAUUCGGCCUGCCGCCGGUCGAGGAUCCACCGCCAAGGCGAACACCCUCGCUCUUUCGCCAGGCGCUGCAAGCCGCGGUUGGAGACGGCUCGCCGGAGACGGCUGCUGACGAGGACGACGACGACAGCGGCGAAAGUGGUGAUGGCAAGGGGGAGAGCUGCGAAAUUUCGAGCCCAGACCCGAGCCCGCUGGUGGUGAGUCUGUUCUCGGAUGCCGAGCUGAGCACGCUUCCCGACAUAGAGUCGAGAAACGCGUCCGCGGCUGUGCUGGAUGGCAGAUCGGCUGAGAAUGGAGAGGGGGUUGAGGUCAAGAAGAAGAGCAAGAGCAAGAGCAAGGGGAAGAGCAAGGGGAAGGGCAAGGGCAAGGGCAAGAACAAGGGCAAGAACAAGGGGAAGAGCAAGGGGAAGAGCAAGGAAAAGAGCAAGGGCAAGGGCAAGAGCAAGGGCAAGAGCAAGAACAAGGGGAAGAACAAGGGGAAGAGUAAGACCGACCCGCCUGCACCCGAUGCGAUGGAAGAUUCGGUCGAUCAAUCGGCAAUGUACAAGGGCAAGAGCGAGGCCAGUGUCCAAAGCGUGGUUCUUACAUGAGCCGUCCGCGUGGUGCGUCGGAUGAUCCCGAUGGCACUGGCCGAGGCUCAAGCGUUGUUGCGCUGUAUGCCGUGCUGUCGCGAGCGACGGUAUCGUGCGCGACGGUGUGUUACUGGUGAGUACGUCGCCGUGUAGCAAUUUGUAUUGAUGCGACUCAUCCUUUCAAGUCAAUCCGUGGGCUGCCUGCAUCGCUUGCAGCAGCCAUCGUCGCCGGGUGAGUGGGAGCCGCCCUUGGUCCGUGGGCACCACCGUGAGCGGCCUGUCUCUGGAUCGACAUCGUAUCCGCUCAUGCCGCUUUGGGCAACCUGCCGUAUGGCGCCGCUCGCCCUCUGCUGCACUUUCACCGGAGGGUACACGAUCUCGUGCUGUCUCGCAUCGCCAUCCCACCAUCAUUCCAUCCGCCACGCAAGCCUCG